AUGAUUGAUAGUAUUUAUUGUGGUUUGUUUAAGGCUAGAUAUACUCUAAUGUACACUUAUCCUUAUGCUUACUAUCAGGAAGAUACUGUUGAUCGAAAUAUUUUUGAAAAUAUUCAAGCUCAACUUGAAGUUGAAAUUGAAAAUUUAUCUUAUCAAAUUGAACGUUCAACAACACAUAACCGAGGAGAUAUUGAGAAUCAGCGACAUAUUGUUGAACGACGUCGACAAACACUACUACUUAAAUAUUUUCCUAAAUCAAACUCCUAG